CGUUCCAGGGAGCAGCGCACCAUGACGCUGGGUUUGGAGCAAGCAGAGGAGCAGCGGCUGUACCAGCAGACGCUCCUUCAGGACGGCCUCAAGGACAUGCUGGACCAUGGCAAGUUCCUGGACUGCGUGGUGCGCGUGGGCGAGCGCGAGUUCCCGUGCCACCGCCUAGUACUGGCGGCCUGCAGCCCCUACUUCCGCGCGCGCUUCUUGGCCGAGCCCGACGGCGCGGGAGAGCUGCGCCUGGAGGAGGUGUCGCCCGACGUGGUGUCCCAGGUGCUGCACUACCUCUACACGUCGGAGAUUGCGCUGGACGAGGCAAACGUGCAGGACCUGUUCGCAGCGGCUCACCGAUUCCAGAUCCCAUCCAUCUUCACCAUCUGCGUGUCGUUCCUGCAGAAGCGCCUGUGCUUGGCCAAUUGCCUGGCUGUCUUCCGCCUUGGCCUCCUACUGGACUGCGCGCGCCUGGCGGUGGCGGCGCGCGACUUCAUCUGCUCGCGCUUCCCGCUGGUGGCGCGCGACAACGACUUCCUGGGGCUCUCGGCAGACGAGCUGAUCGCCAUCAUCUCCAGCGACGGCCUCAAUGUGGAGAAGGAGGAAGCGGUGUUCGAGGCGGUGAUGCGCUGGGCCGGCAGCGGCGAUGCCGAGGCACAGGCGGAGCGCCAGCGCGCGCUGCCUACGGUCUUCGAGAGCAUUCGCUGCCGCCUGCUGCCUCGCGCCUUCCUGGAGAGCCGCGUGGAGCGCCACCCACUCGUGCGAGCCCAGCCCGAGCUGCUGCGCAAGGUUCAGAUGGUGAAGGACGCGCACGAGGGACGCCUCACUACACUGCGCAAGAAGAAGAAGGAGAAGGGCCAGGAAACAGCCAAGACCAAGGAGGCCAGCCAGGGCGCAGCAGACGCCAAGGCUGGGGACGAUGAGGAGCGAGUGCUGCCUGGGAUCCUCAACGAUACCCUGCGCUUCGGAAUGUUCCUGCAAGACCUUAUCUUCAUGAUCAGUGAGGAGGGCGCCGUGGCCUACGACCCAGCUGCCAACGAGUGCUACUGUGCCUCCCUGUCCACCCAGAUCCCCAAGAACCACGUCAGCCUGGUGACCAAGGAGAACCAGAUCUUUGUGGCCGGUGGCCUCUUCUACAAUGAGGACAACAAGGAGGACCCUAUGAGUGCUUACUUUCUCCAGUUUGACCACUUGGACUCUGAGUGGCUGGGGAUGCCACCACUCCCCUCACCACGCUGCCUCUUCGGCCUGGGAGAGGCCCUCAACGCCAUCUAUGUGGUCGGCGGCCGGGAGCUCAAGGACAGCGAGGACAGCCUGGACUCGGUCCUGUGCUACGACCGGCUGUCAUUCAAAUGGGGUGAAUCGGACCCACUGCCCUAUGCAGUGUACGGCCACACAGUGCUUUCCCACAUGGACCUCGUCUACGUCAUUGGCGGCAAAGGCAAGGACAGGAAAUGUCUAAACACGAUGUGUGUCUACGACCCCAAGAAGUUUGAGUGGAAGGAGCUGGCACCCAUGCAGACAGCCCGUUCGCUCUUCGGGGCCACCGUUCAUGAUGGCCGCAUCUUUGUGGCUGCAGGGGUGACAGACACAGGGCUUACCAGCUCCGCGGAGGUGUACAGCAUUGCAGAUAACAAGUGGUCCUCCUUCGAGGCCUUCCCUCAGGAGCGUAGCUCCCUCAGCCUGGUCAGCUUAGCUGGCACUCUCUAUGCCCUGGGUGGCUUUGCCACUCUGGAGACCGAGUCUGGAGAGCUGGUCCCCACGGAGCUCAAUGACAUAUGGAGGUUCAACGAGGAUGAGAAGAAGUGGGAGGGGGUCCUGCGAGAGAUCGCCUACGCAGCCGGUGCCACCUUCCUCCCUGUACGCCUCAAUGUGCUUCGCCUGACCAAGAUGUGACCAGGGCAGGGCCCUAACUGAGCCUCCUUCCUGUCCUUUGGCCUCACAACAAACGCCUUGCGGGAUCCAGAAAGGACCUGGGAGAGGGCGGUAUGAGCCAGACAGGCUACUCCGGUCAAGAAAGGGAUUCUCCCUGUUUGUCUCCUCAAGGACUGCAAAGCCAGGCAGGCAUCCCAGGCUGUGUUCUGGGUCUGUCCGGGUUGGCUGUGUGUGCCCGUUUCAUCUCCGUGCCCGUCAGGUGGGAGCAUCUCGGUCAGUGGCACCUCCUGGUGCUAACACAGACCUCCACU